CCUCCCCAUUGGCUAUUGCUGCUGUUUGUACUUUGUUGCUUUAUAUUUCUGUGAAAAGAGCCGAAAGUGCAGGCGCCCUCCAGAUCGCUGCUAAAGAAUCUGCGGGUGUUGAGGCAAAGGCAGUAGGAUCGGGUACCAGAGCAGACCUCUCAGCUUUGGGUCUCAGCUCUAGGUCUUGCAGGAGCAGGGCUCCCCUAUCCAAGGUGGUGUAAUUCCCUGCGGUUACCUGGACACUGGAAUCUGGCUUCCCCAAAGGACAGGUUACACUGACCCAGCCCGGUGAAGAUCUCUGGAGACCAUGACCAAGAAAAGAAUUGCUGUGAUUGGGGGAGGAGUGAGUGGGCUCACCUCUAUCAAGUGCUGUCUGGAAGAAGGCUUGGAACCCGUCUGCUUUGAAAGGACUGAUGACAUUGGAGGGCUCUGGAGGUUCCAGGAAGAACCUGAAGAAGGAAGGGCCAGUAUUUACAAGUCAGUGAUCAUUAACACUUCUAAGGAGAUGAUGUGCUUCAGUGACUAUCUCAUCCCAGAUCACUAUCCUAACUUCAUGCACAACUCCCAGGUCCUGGAGUAUUUCAGGAUGUAUGCCAAAGAAUUUGACCUUCUAAAGUACAUUCGAUUUAAGACCACGGUGUGCAGUGUGAAGAAGCAGCCUGAUUUCUCCACUUCAGGCCAAUGGGAGGUGGUCACGGAAUCUGAAGGGAAAAAGGAGGUGAAUGUCUUCGAUGGAGUUAUGGUUUGCACGGGCCACCACACCAAUGCUCACUUGCCCUUGGAAAGCUUCCCUGGAAUUGAGAAGUUCAAAGGACAGUACUUCCAUAGUCGAGAUUAUAAGAAUCCAGAGUGUUUCACUGGAAAGAGAGUCAUCAUAAUUGGCAUUGGGAAUUCUGGAGGGGAUCUGGCUGUGGAAAUCAGCCACACGGCCAAGCAGGUUUUCCUCAGCACCAGAAGAGGGACUUGGAUCUUCAAUCGUGUGGGAGACUAUGGAUAUCCUUUUGAUGUGUUGUUCUCGUCUCGAUUUAAAUAUUUUAUGAAGAAGAUUUUGGGUCAAUCAUUAGCAAACAUAAAUUUGGAAAAAAAGAUAAGCCAAAGGUUUGAUCAUGAAAUGUUUGGCCUGAAGCCUAAACACAGAGUUUUGAGUCAGCAUCCAACAGUAAAUGAUGAUCUACCAAAUCGUAUAAUUUCUGGCUUGGUGAAGGUGAAAGCGAAUGUGAAGGAAUUCACAGAGACAGCGGCCAUAUUUGAGGAUGGCUCCAGGGAAGAUGACAUUGAUGCUGUCAUCUUUGCUACAGGCUAUAGCUUUGCCUUUCCUUUUCUUGAAGAUUCUGUCAAAGUAGUCAAAAACAAGAUAUCCCUGUAUAAAAAGGUCUUCCCUCCCGACCUAGAAAAGCCAACUCUUGCAAUCAUAGGCUUGAUCCAGCCCUUGGGUGCCAUUAUGCCCAUUUCAGAGCUCCAAGGACGCUGGGUCACUCAAGUAUUUAAAGGGAUAAAGACAUUGCCCUCACAAAAUGAAAUGAUAAAAGAAAUAGCUAAGGUUCAAGAGGAUAUGGCAAAAAGGUAUGUGGAAAGCCAACGCCACACCAUUCAGGGAGACUAUAUAGAUACCAUGGAUGAGCUUGCUGAUCUGGUGGGCGUCAGGCCCAAUCUGCUGUCCCUGGCCUUCACUGACCCCAAGCUGGCAUUACAGUUAUUUUGGGGACCCUGUACUCCAGUCCAGUAUCGGUUACAAGGCCCUGGAAAGUGGGAUGGAGCUCGAAAAGCUAUCCUCACCACAGAAGAUCGUAUCAGGAAGCCACUAAUGACAAGAGUACCUGAAAGCGAUAAUUCCAUGACUUCAGCAGUAACAAUGGCCAGAUUUAUGCUGGCUGUUGCUUUCUUUGCUGUAAUUAUGACUUAUUUUUAGCUCUUCCAUUGUCAUUGUCCCAGUGUUCUUUGAAAGCUGGAUCUAGAGAUGCCUUCAGAACCUGACAAGAUUGAACAAUUCUUAGCUUCACAUUGCCCUGAAAUCUUUUAUUUCUCUUUCCAAAGCAUUAAUCCUUUUUCUUCUUUUCCCUACAGUGGAAAUCCCAGCUUUUCAUUUGUCUUGACUUACCUCCCUUACUCUUAAGACCCAUCACUUUUUCCUUCCUGUAAUUCCUGGGCUGUGAACUCAGAUACUCUUUUAGUCAUCUUUGUUUGAUCUUAGCAGAAUUCCUGACAUGGGGUAGGUGCUUAAUAAAUGUUUGCUGUCAUUUAUCAAAUAUUAUGGUGGGGAGCAUAAGCCAAUAUCUACAUAAGAAAUGGGUGAUUCCAUGUAACUGUGCCUCUGACAGGAUUUGGUUUUCUACUAGAAGUUUAAUCUUACCUUUCUUUUCAAUAUUAUAACUAAAUGUAUUUUUCCUGAGAGAGACGAGAAAUAAUGGUCUUACAACAGUUGUAUACAUCUAAGAUAAGAUAUAUAGAUACUUAGACAUUUUGUUACACUUUCUGUUCACUAAUGUAUCUGAUACCUGGUCAGUUUUACUCUUUUCCUCUAAGCAACACAUCUCUAUUUUCUCAGUGGAGAAACCACCUUCAGCUUUCUAGGCUCAUGGAUCAUUCUGACAAUCUAGCAGCUGCCAACAGAUUCAACCUGGCUGGAAAAAUUGGGAUUUUAAAUGAGCUGUGCAGUCUUUUCUGAUCUUAGUUCCCAUAUUAGGAUACAACAAGACUUUAUCUUAGGAGCCAUGAUAAGUAGCCAUCACCUGCUGUGGUGGCCUACAAAUGGGAUUGGGUUCCAUGCCCCACCCCCCCUCCCCGGCCACUGUCUCCCCUCCACACUCUGCCACACAGAGAGUCUAAGUAAUAAGUAUUCGAAGAGGUCAGUUAUGUAGUAAAUUAGGAUUGAUGAUACCUAAAUAUAGAGGGUAUUUUGCUUAUAACAGUUCUUAUGUCAGACAUCAUAGUUAUGAAAAACGAAGCAAAUGAAAUGAAAACCAGGGACUCCAGUUUACAUGUAAGUGCUGCUGUUUAUUCUGCUUUCUCAUCUGUAGAAGUUUUGCUCUGUUCUUGUCUUUCCGAGAAGUUAACUAAAUGUUAGUUGUUGGGCACACUUAAUUCCGUGAAGAAAGGUACUGGAUGUAACAGCCAGGUAGGUGUGUGUUCAUAAAUAAGCUGUGGUGUAAUACAUUUUGGGAUUGCUGCCUAUUGUUUAACAAACAAUAAAUCUGCACAACUGAAAGAACAA